AAUGAGGCACGUAGUGCCGAAUUGUUAUCUAUUAUAUUACCUGAGAAUGAGGCACGCAGUGCCGAAUUGUUAUCCCUACCUGUACUCACACCGAAAAAACUUUGGUGGCCCAAAAAAUAUAUUGCAUUUGACCCAUCAAAGCGCAAUACAUAUUAUCAUAUAAAUGCAUGUUUACCGCGAGAUCCAGAGUCUUACACUCAUAUGACACCAUUAUUUUUCAUACCACGAUUACUUAAACCCAUCACUUACCCGAAACUGUAUCUUGAUCAAAAUUGUGCAACACAAAAAUGGUCAUCAAUUAAUUUACUUUACCUUACCCAUAAUGGAAGUACUUACCCAGAACUUUAUUUCGAUCAAAAUCCCACGGCACAAAAACCCUCUUGUAUGAUCCAAGUGUCAAAGUAUUAA